AUGGUGAUGAUUGAAUCCUUUGCUUAUGGCAAACGGUGGCAAAAGGCAACAGUGACAAAACAAAUAGGACCAAGAUCAUAUGAAGUAGAGACAACAAAAGGUACCAAAUUGAUCAGAAACAGAAAGCACCUGAGACAAAUGAAACAGAACACAGUCAAAAAUCAGCAGAAGCUGAGCCAAGUGACUGGUAAAGGCAUGACAGGAGUAGACUUGCCAAUGACAAGAACUCCAAGUCAAGAAAGAAAACAACAGCAGCAAGCCAGUCCUAAACAGACUCAGAGAAGUAGUGGUAGAACAACUAAAAUGCCGGCAUAUUUGGCAGAUUAUAAGCUGCGCUAG